UCGAAGCAUCGUCUAGAUGCGCACUCGUCCUUCGAUAGUUAUGGUCAGCUGUGUUUCGUUAGACUGUAUAGAGAAAUGCUCUUUAGGCAUUUAAGUUCGGCUGUCGAAAUAACUUACAGACAGCAACAUGUACUUUUACGGUUUCGAAAUAACGUAGACGUUUAAUAUGCGUGCGGUUGCUUGUCCACGGUGAAGUUCUGGCGAGAGCGGUGGCUCGGUGGAAUCAUGGCGUCGGUGGCGGGCUCGCAAGAACAGCCGCCCGCCGCGCACGGCCAUAGCUUCUGCAAGAAGACCUUCCAUAAACCCACCUACUGUCAUCAUUGCAGCGAUAUGCUGUGGGGCCUUAUACAACAGGGCUUCAUAUGCGAAGUUUGCAACUUCGUUGUACAUGAUCGUUGCUUGAAGACUGUAGUAUCUCCGUGUUCCAGCGUUGCCGCCAGUCAAAUUAGGAAUCCCGUUGCCCACUGCUGGUCCGAAUCAUUUCAUCAUAAAAGAAAAUUUUGCAACGUUUGCCGGAAGAGGUUGGACGAUUCGGAAUCGAUCCAUUGCGAAAUUUGCGAAUAUUUCGUACACGUGGAAUGUCAGGAUUUCGCGGUGGCCGAUUGUAAGGAGAACGCGACUUAUCUUCCUGGUAAGCAGUUGGUGUACGUCCGCCAUCAACAUCAUUGGCGGGAGGGGAACCUACCCAGCAACUCUAAAUGCGCCCUCUGCAAAAAAACUUGUUGGACUACGGAAUGUUUGUCCGGAUAUAGAUGCGAAUGGUGUGGAAUGACGUGCCACGCUGCCUGUCACGUAAGCAUAAAUAACGAAUGCACCUUCGGAAUAUUGGAACCGAUUUAUCUACCACCACAUGCCGUCAGUAUACCAAGAACUGAAGUGCCCAUGGAGGCUAUAAUUGGAGUACAAGUCAGAAGAAAGGACACCCUGUCUCUCGUCAGUACGGAAACAGUGAGGCGGAGCGCCUCUUUGACGAGUAUGUUUAAGAGGCUUUCUGUUGUUUUGCCCCAUUCUUGUCAGGGCAAGUGCCAGCAGAAUUUGUCGCCCCAAUUCGACAGAGCGAGGAGUACUUCUGAGGAAUUUAGUAGUGGGGAUACAGGAAAAUACAGGGAUUCCGAAGAUUCUCAUGCGUCGGCGCGACAGGAUAAACAAAACAAAAAUCAAGAAGAAAGAGACGAAGAGGCAAUCAAAGUAUACGACGGCAACAAUUCGUUACGUCGCAGAAUAUACAGAAUAAUCGUCGUACCGAGACAGGCGUCGUUGAAACAGGUUUUGACGUUGGCCUUAAGGGCGUUUCACAUAACCAAAGAUCCGAAUUCGUUUCAUUUGACGGACCUCUAUUCGCCGGACGAGGCCGUUUUACAAGAUCCGACUCCGGUAUUAACCCUAAACAGAAAAGAGGGUAAAAGACCGGCGGUUUUCCUCCGUUUCAAAGACAGGGACAACGAUUCCGGCGAGGUUCGAGUCUACCCCGGCAAAUUGCAGGUAUCGCAGGCAUGCUGCACCGUGCCCGUCGAUUCCAAUACGACCGUCGGCGGUCUAAUAAGCGACGCCCUCAAGAAAUUCUCCCUCGAAGACGGCAACGCGGAGAGUUACCGCUGCAGCGAGGUGUUGCUCGACAGAGGCGUUACGGAACGCGUGCUGUCAUGGAACGAACGGCCCUGGGAAAUAAUGAAACAACUCGGCAAAGACAGUAUACGCCAGAUGGAGUUGAUGAGGUUCUAUUUGCAAUUGAAACAAGACCCGCACGGACCGAAUUUGGCGUUGUUCGUCGGUAAUUUGCCGCCGAAUUUGUCCGAACGCAAUUACGAGAACAUCCUGACGGAUUUUUUGGGGAAAGAAAACAAAUUUUCCAAAAUCGGUCCGAUUUAUUACGAAUACGGCUCGAUGGUGAUAACGUACGAGGAUUCGGAGAAGGCCGUAAGGGCCCUGUACAUUUUGAGGGAGUCCAAGUACGAGGAUAAACAACCUUUGUUGGUUAUGCUAUUACCGAACAUCGAACCAUCGAUGAUCCCCCAGGGGGUGCAACCGCUUCUGGUAUUCGUAAACGUCAAAUCGGGCGGUUGCCAAGGUCUGGAAUUGAUAUCGAGUUUCAGGAAAUUGUUGAACCCCUAUCAGGUGUUCGAUCUGGAUAACGGCGGUCCGUUACCGGGUCUCUACGUAUUCAGGAACAUCCAGAAUUACAAAAUACUCGUUUGCGGCGGGGACGGUACCAUCGGUUGGGUGCUGCAAUGUCUCGAUAACGUCGGACAGGAUUCUCAAUGUUCGAAUCCCGCAUGCGCAAUAGUACCGUUAGGAACCGGUAACGAUCUGGCGCGCGUCCUGCGAUGGGGUCCCGGUUACACCGGCGGCGAGGAUCCCCUCAAUCUGCUAAGGGACGUUAUCGACGCCGAAGAGAUACGUUUGGAUCGUUGGACGGUGGUUUUCCAUCCGGAAGAUAAGCCCGACGAUAACGUUAAUAAACAGAGCAAUUCCACUGGUAAGGAGAAGCGAAAACUGUCCAAAAUCAAAGUUACCAAUGAGCAAAUUAGAAGAGCAGUGGUGGCGAGUUCGACUAGCGAAGACAAGGCGCAGAUAUUCGUGAUGAACAAUUAUUUCGGUAUCGGCAUCGACGCCGAUUUAUGUUUGGAUUUCCAUAACGCCCGCGAGGAAAAUCCCGGGAAAUUCAUCAGCAGGUUACACAAUAAGAGCGUCUACGUCCGAAUGGGGUUGAGAAAAAUGGUCGGGCCGAAGAUGUGCAAGGAUCUACAUAAGGAAGUCAGAUUGGAGGUCGACGGAAAAUUGGUGGAACUCCCCCAAGUCGAGGGCAUUAUAAUAUUGAAUAUUCUGAGUUGGGGAUCCGGCGCUAAUCCUUGGGGACCCGAAAAGGACGAUCAAUUUUCGAAACCGAACCAUUGGGACGGUAUGCUGGAAGUCGUAGGGGUGACCGGGGUAGUCCAUUUAGGUCAGAUUCAAUCCGGUCUGCGAUCCGCCAUGAGAAUCGCUCAGGGUGGACACAUUAAAAUUCAUUUGAGUUCCGACAUACCGGUUCAAGUGGACGGCGAACCGUGGGUGCAAAGUCCUUGCGACGUCGUGGUACUCAAAUCGGCUCUCAAGGCGACAAUGUUGAAGAAAAACAAAUUCAAACGUCGACCUACCGAACCGAAUAUACUGCCCGCCAACGGGGAGGGGGGAAAAAGCACAGACGAAUAGAGAGAGAGAGAAAAAAAACAUUUAUUAUUAUUUUAUAAUUUUUUUUUCGAUAUUUUUAUAUAUUUUUUCGUUUGUGGCUUUCCCCCGUAACCAGGCGACGAUGCUGAAGAAGAUGAAGGGUAAAAUGAAACGUCGCAACACCGAACCCACCAUGCUGAUAUCGCCCGGCGUACAAUUGGCGACGUUGCCGACGUCCAACGACGGCGAAUCGCCCACCGAACCGAUAAAUUCAAAUUUUUGAAUCGGUUAUUUUCUUCUUCUUUUUUCUUUUAACAUUUGUUUUUCUAUUUUCGGAUCGGUCCGGUCGCGCGGUGAGGCUACGAACUACUUUCGUGUAGAGGAGUGUGCGCGUGGAGUAGCGACCGGCGUUUGUCGUUAAAUUCGAUGGUGUUCGUUUUCUCUAGCCAGGAAGUGACUAACGAACGCCGCUGUCAAUCUGUCGGGGGUAUGUAGGGCUCAAUUCUUCGGAGACGCUGCUGCCUGGGGCCUCGAAGUCUAAGAAGAAAAUACUUUCGACAGAUUUUCACGAUGGUUUUCUUAUUUUCCUUUUCUUUUUCCUGUUUAAGCUGAGAUAUAUAUAUUUUGAAUCGAUGUGCUAUGUAUUAAUUUGAAAAUUAAUGAAAAGAAUCCAAAAAAAAAAAAUGGGAGUAAAUUUAGAUGACCGCCAAAAUGGAAAUAAUAAUAAUAAUAAUUUAAAAAAAAAGUCAUUUAAUUUGUGUUUCAUCGAAGGAAACGAUCUAAUAUCGAAAAAAAAAUGAAAAAUAUUAAAUUGUUUCUGAGGUUAUGAAAUGUAUGUAUAUGUGAUUAAAUAGAUAUACGAGGAAAAUUCAAAAUAUAGAUGAAUACAUCAAA